AUGAAGUUUAUGCUGUGCGUGUUGGUGACGGCCGCAGUCGCACUGCAUUGGGUCGAAUGUAUGGAAAGGACGUAUUACAUUGGCAUUAGGGAGGAAGACUGGAAUUACGCACCCAGCCGGCGAAACCUCAUCAACAACCGGACCAUUGACUCCGACGAACAUGCCUCCGUUUUCCUGUCUAACGGUCCUACCAGAAUAGGGAGUGUCUACAAAAAGGCUGUGUACAGACAGUAUACAGAUGCUUCCUAUAACACAGAGAUAUCAAAGCCUGACUGGCUUGGCUUUCUUGGACCGAUUCUACGUGCUGAAGUGGAUGAUGUCAUGGUGGUGCACAUGAAGAACUUUGCGAGCAGGCCUUAUUCUCUCCAUCCACACGGAGUGUUUUAUAAGAAGGAUUCAGAAGGAGCACUGUAUCCAGAUGGCACCUCCGGUCGUGAUAAGAAAGAUGAUGCGGUGGCUCCAGGUGAGAGCUACACAUACACCUGGGAGGUAAAACCAGAGUACGCUCCUACUGAAGCAGAUGCCAGCUGUCUCACCUGGGUUUACCAUUCACAUGGAGACGCACCUAAAGACAUCGCAUCAGGCCUUAUAGGAGCUUUACUCACCUGCAAGAAAGGCACUCUCAACUCCAGUAAUAAGCGCUCUGAUGUGGAUGAAGACUUCAUCGUGAUGUUCAGUGUGGUUGAUGAGAACUUAAGCUGGUACUUGGAGGAGAAUAUCGAAAAGUUCUGCUCUAACCCGGAAGACACAAAAACACUUAUGGAAGACGCAGACGAGGAGUUCAGAGAGUCCAACCUUAUGCAUUCAAUCAAUGGGUUUGUGUAUGGUAAUUUACCUUCACUGAAAGUGUGUGCGAAGCGUCCUGUGUCUUGGCACCUCUUUGGCAUUGGUAAUGAAGUGGACAUUCAUUCAGCGUAUUUCCACGGGCACACGCUGAUGGACCGCAUGCACCGCACAGAUGUACUCAGUCUGUUUCCUGCCACUUUCGUCACUGCCACCAUGAUCCCGAGAACUAAAGGAAAAUGGCUGUUAAGCUGUCAAGUCAACGAUCAUGUACAAGCAGGAAUGCAGGCUUUCUAUGAAGUCUCGGACUGUGGGUCUCCAGCGGCUCCACCUAACGUGCCUGGCACUGAGAGACAUUUCUACAUCGCUGCUGAGGAGAUGAUGUGGGAUUAUGCCCCUUCAGGGAUGAACUAUAUGGAGAAUGUUACCCUCACUAAACCAGAGAGUGACUCUGAACCGUUCUUCAGUAAAGAGGGUGGUAAACUGGGUGGAAAAUACAUGAAGGCCAGAUACGUUCAAUACACUGAUCAAACCUUCACUAGCAAAACACAUAUUGUUGGCUCAGAUGAGCAUCUUGGAAUUCUGGGUCCGGUCAUCAGAGCUGAGACUGGUGAUGUUAUCAUUGUCACAUUCCUCAACAAAGCUAGACGGAACUACAGCAUUCAGCCACACGGUCUGCAUUAUGAGAAGGUCUAUGAAGGAGCAAUGUAUGCGGAUGGGUCUCAGAAAGCUCCUGUAGGCCCUGGUCAAAAAUUCACCUAUCGCUGGAGAGUGAUUGAAGGGCCCUCAGCGGAUGAUCCUCCUUGUAUUUCAUACUUGUAUUAUUCCGCUGUUGAUCCUGUUCGUGACACUAACUCUGGUUUAUUUGGGCCAAUACAAGUGUGCAAGAAAGGUGUUCUUGAUCGAAGUGGACAUCAGCAUGCAGAGAAAAUUCAGCACGAGUUUUUUCUGCUGUUUUCUGUGAUGGAUGAGAAUGAAAGCUGGUAUCUGGAAGACAACAUUGCAAUGUUUGGCAGCCCAGAUGUAGACCCAGAUAAAGAUGAGUUUCAGGAGAGCAAUAAGAUGCAUGCGGUGAACGGGUUCAUGUAUGGAAAUCUGCCUGGUCUGGAUUUGUGUAAUGGGGAGCAUGUUGUGUGGCACACGCUUGGCUUGGGCACAGAGCUGGAUAUCCAUGGCAUUUAUUUCCAGGGAAAUAUGUUUCAGCGCAAUGGGAUGAACCGUGACACUCUGAGUAUCUUUCCACAUACUUCAGUGACUGUUAACAUGACCCCCGACAAUAACGGCAUGUUUGAGGUCAGCUGUCAGACAGCCGAUCAUUUCCAUGCAGGAAUGCGUCAACAUUACACAGUCAAGCCCUGUUCAGCAAAGACUCCCGCGCCAGAGCUUUUCACCUCCACAAGGAAAUAUUAUAUAGCCGCAGAGGAAAUCAUCUGGAACUAUGCUCCAAACCGAACAUGGGAAUUAGAGAAACACAAGGCUACACAAAUGGAAAGCAUUGGAAGUGUUUACCUCCAGAGAUCAAAAAACCGGAUCGGAGCUGAAUAUAAGAAGGUGGUGUAUCGAGAAUACUCAGAUGAAACUUUUACCAAACAGAAACCCAGGGGUGCAGAUGAGGAGCACUUGGGGAUAAUGGGUCCGAUUAUUAAAGGUGAAGUUGGAGAGAAAAUUGAGGUUGUCUUUAAAAACAACGCCAGCAGGCCGUAUUCCAUUCAUGCCCACGGGGUGAAGACCAGCGAACCCCAUCAGAAAGAUGUUCAACCAGGUAAUGUGCUGAAAUACACUUGGACCAUUCCAAAGCGAUCAGGUCCAGGUCCUAAGGAUCCAGACUGCAUAACGUUUGCCUACUACUCCUCUACCAGCUUAGUCAAGGACUUGAUGAGUGGAUUGGUGGGUCCACUGAUAGUGUGCCGUAAAAACACCCUGGAUGCAGACAGACAAAGAAAAGACCGAAAUAAAGAGUUUGCCCUUCUGUUUAUGGUGUUUGAUGAAAAUGAGUCGCAUUACCUGGAUGAAAACAUACAACAGUACCUUGAUGUUGACUUAGAAGAAUUUGACAAAUAUGCUGGGGACUUUAUGGAGAGCAACAAAAUGCAUGGUAUUAAUGGAAAGUUGUACAGUAACCUCCAAGGGUUAAAUAUGACAGAGGGAGACCAUACGAAGUGGUAUUUGCUGGGACUGGGGAAUGAAGUGGACAUGCACACUGUUCAUUUCCAUGCUCAGAGCUUCAUUUACAAAACAGAUCAUUUUCAUCGCGCUGAUGUUUUUGACCUGUUCCCUGGAACAUUUCAGACCAUUGAACUAAUCGCUGGAAAUCCUGGACAGUGGUUACUACACUGUCACGUGACGGACCACAUCCAUGCAGGCAUGGAGGCGCUUCUCACCGUUAAUGCAAAAGCCUUCAGUCAUUUCGGAAGCCUCUACACAGUCCUGCUGUGCCUGCUUGGAUUGAUUCUGUUAAACCAUUGAAAACACUGAAGAUAAAAGGGAUCACGAAUCCAUCCUAAUGUAUAUUUAAUGUCCAACACUGAUGCUCAUUUCUUUAUCUUAACUUUAUCUUGAGAAUUAAAAGUGUCGCCGAGUGUGUGCGUGCGUGCGCGCGUGUGUGUGUGUGUGUGUGUGUGUGUGUGCGCGCGCGUGCGUGCGUGUGUGUGGCAUUGGAAGGUAUAAGAUCAUCAGCUACCAAAGCAUAACCCUUCAUCAACUGAUUUGAGAAUCAAACAUUGACACCGCUCACCCCACACUAUUCUGUUGAAGGUUAAACACAUUUUAAUGAUUGAUUUUGCAAGAUGUGUGUGAUGAUUUGCAUGUUGUGUGUUUUGUGUGUAAGAUUUUGUAAAAUGGAACAAAAACUAUCAACAAAAUAGCCUUUAAUGUCCUUUAUGCACCGCGUCAGUAGAUACAUCCAUUGCAACCACUAGAUGGCAGCAGUGCUCUCCAGAUGCAAAAUCAACGCUAGCAGUGCGCCUGUGCAGAUGAGUUGAGAUUUCAACAUGUCAUUUCAUUUUGUAAAUUUGAAUACACUGAAUUUAUGUGUAUAGACUUUA